AUGAAGGAAUGGGGCGAGAGUGCCUCAUGGCAAAGGGAUCACUGUUGUACAAGGCCUCCUCCUCACGACAGACCAACCUAUGACAGACCAACCUACGACAGACCAACCUACGACAGACAAACAUACCACAAACCAACUUACGACAGACCAACCUACGACAGACAAACAUACCACAAACCAACUUACGACAGACCAACCUACGACAGACCGACAUACGACAGACCAACCUACGACAGACCAACAUACAACAGACCAACCUACGACAAACCAACAUACCACAGACCAACAUACCACAGACCAACCUAUGACAGACCAACCUACAACAGACCAACAUACGACAGACCAACAUACGACAUACAAACAUACCACAGACCAACAUACCACAGACCAACAUACAACAGACCAACCUACAACAGACAAACAUACCACGGACCAACAUACGCCAGACCAACGUACGACAGACCAUCGUACGACAGCCCAUCGUACGACAGAUCAACAUACGACAGCCCAAUGUAUGACAGACCAACAUAUGACAGACCAACCUACGACAGACCAACCUACGACAGACCAAACAACAACAGACCAACAUAG